AUGGGUCUUGUGAACAGUCGAUCAGCCGUCAGCGAGGAUUUACUGACUCCAUUCUUCCAAAAUGACACAGAACUUACUCGUAAUGGAAACAUAUUGACAAAUGCAUUGCUUCAUCUCGGGUCACGCGAUGGAUCCGUGAAGGGCGUAAAGUCAGUAAAGUACAUCAAAAUGCCACGUGACGAUGUUGAUCAAUCAGCUGAAAGUGUGCACAUCUCUAAUGCCAGUGUUGAGCAUCAUGCGCGUGAUAUGACUUCGACACACACAGCAGCAGAACAGUUAUCCAAAACCACCUACCCUAGAAUGAACGGUGGUUUGGAAUACGGGGCCGUACACAGGGAUUCUAUACCAUCUUGUAGCAGGUCACGUGCACACCAGAAGUGUCCCACUGUUUUGAUAGAAAGGGUUUGGAGGAGACUGAUGCCGUGUCAUCGGCGGGGUGAUCAAAGUAAGCCGUUACGUUUGCAACGUUCAGACAGCAGUGAUGUAUCCAGCCUUCCACGUGAGGCCCACCCAUCAAGUAAACCUCGGUCUUCCGAAAACUGCCUGGAUCGUGUGAGCACACUUCAACCGAGUAAUCAUCAUUCGCAUCCGACUUACGGGUCAGUGCACCGUUCACCUGCCCCACACCACUCCAAUCUUCAAACCCAACUCCAUUCGGAACUGGCACAAUACAUUGAGUCAAUGAAUGAGCUGUCCAGUCUAAAGACACAACUCGGAACCAUCUCGAGACUGAUUGCCUCGGAAACACCUCAGCUUCCCACACAUCUGCAAACAGCCAUGUUCCCAAGCAAAUCUGUCCAAACCGAACACCAGCAAGA